AAUAAGGUUGCGGUUGAGUGAGCGAAACUCGCGUCCCGCUGCGCUCUGAUUGAAUACGCGUUAUCAGCUGAGCCCGGCCCUCAGGGCCGUAGUACGAUGAAUUUAACAUUUAAGAACCCACACGCUAUUUUAUUUAAAUUGUCCAUUUAUAACAACUAAUAAAGAAUCAUACAAUAUUGUAUUUUAGUAUUGUCGAAAAUGCGAACCCGUUAUUCGUAAAAUAGCACAACCACGCUAUUCGUAAAAAUCUCGGUCGUAUCGCAACACCCUACAUCGCAAAGGUGAGGGAAUAUUCACCGCGAGCCGCCGACGGACGCGGCAGUGCGGGUGGUGUUUCGGCGACAUGACGUACUCUCCGUUGGAGCCGACGAGUCGAACGGGUGCGGCCGCCUUCCUCCUCGUCUACUGCACACUAUUCUUGGACAACGUUUUACUCACCGCACUCGUACCGAUCCUGCCGGAGUGGAGUGGAGCGAUGGCGGCGCCCGCCGUGAUUCGCAACGGCUCGACGCUCGCGCUGGAGGCUGGCGAAGCAGGCGGCGAGGCGGCAGCGGCCGGCGCCGUGCUAGGCGCACGCUCGGCCGCUCAACUGGCGUGCGCACCCUUGGCAGCCACCAUGACGACGCGCGUGGGGCCCGCUGCCACGCUGCGUCUCGCCGUGCUGCUACUACUCGCAGCCGCGGCGUGGCUAUCUUGGUGCGGCAGCAGCGUCUGCGCGGCGGGUGGAGCGGCGUGCUUGUGGUGCGGCGCCGCGGGGCGCGUGCUGCAAGGGUCGGGCGGUGCGCUCGGUGGCGUGGCCGGGAUGGCAUUGGUGUCUCGAGCGGUGUCACCGGCGCGACAACAACAAGCUCUCGGCGCGUCACUCGGUGCCGUCGCUCUAGGUGUGCUCGUGGGAUAUCCGCUGGGCGGCGCGACUGCCGCUCUGUGGAGUUCGGCAGCGCCGUUCCACCUCGUCGCCGGCGCGCUGCUCGCGAACCUCGGAUUGCAAUACGUCUAUUUGAAAAAACCCGAAUACGAUAAGCCAGCCGUCGACGAGCCUCGGAGCUCGGCGUGGGGAGACUGUGCGCGAGGCGUGUGGAAAGAUUGCGGAGCGGGUGCGGGUGCGGUGUUCCUGAGCACCGCCGUCAUGGCGGCACUCGAACCCUGUUUGCCGCUGUGGUUGGAGCGUCGCUUCGGUGCCCAGCGUUGGGAGCUGGGUGUGGUGUUCCUGCCAGAUAGCGUGGCGUACCUGGCAGCGACAAGCGUCUCGGCGGCGCUGUGCGGCGGACGCGGGUUGCGGGCUCAGCGGGUGGCGCUGAUGGGGCUUUGUAGCGUGGCGUUAGGCGGCGUUCUCGUAGCGCACGCAUGUUCUUUGGGGGUAUUGGCGAUAGCGCAAGCCAGCGUAGGCGCUGGCGUCGGUGCGUUAGACGCGGCCCUGGUGCCCGCGCUGCUUGCACGUUCCGUCAGUCUGCCGCACGCCGCCGCGCUGCUACAGGGCGCCGCCAGUGCUGCCUACGCCGUGGGGCCCGUGGCAGCUGGAGCCGUGUGGUGGGCGGCGGGCUUUGGCGCCACUCUGCGAGCGUUGGCCGUCGCCAACCUACUGUAUGCGGCGCUGCUGUACCACCAUUUCCAUGAUCGUCCCCUACCCAAUCAGCCUGGGGCUAUUGGGAGUGAAGACGGGAAGGAGGGUUCCGGGUCGGAACUGUUGCCAUUAUCGUCCCCCUCGCCCUGAACGACAACUCAUGUUCCGAUAUGUAUUGCUUCUGCCUAAUCAAAUCUAUUUUGAGUAUUUAAAUGGAUUGAUGUAAAGCUUAAAGAUCUAUACAAUAAAGAUAUCA